CGAUGGCCUCAUGGGAAGAUUGUCUAAUGUACACGAGUCGGGUCGUCGAGGUCCUUGCCACAGACGAAUCGCUCUCGCAGAUAACCCAUCUGCAGCCUUCCUUGUUUCUGUGUCUAUUGCAGUUUCCCGGCAGUCACUAGGGUUCGCAAUCCCUAGUCCAGAAAUCACCUCCUUGCUUAGACUUCGUUAUCUCGUGUUUCCAGAGAUCCAUCAUGCGAGGGCUGACAUUCGGUUUUAUCCUGGCCACUGGGCUGGGUCUCCUGCAUGGCGUCAACGGACACGGAAGAUGCCACGUGGAGAACCGUGAUUUUGACUUCAUUAUCGUCGGUGGAGGGACCGCUGGCCUUGCCGUAGCUACUCAGCUCAGCAGAGCUUUGCCAUACGAGUGUGUGUUGGUCAUUGAAGCCGGUCCUGAUGGACGCGAUGAACCAAAAAUAUAUGUGCCUGGUUUGAGAGGCUCAACACUCGGCGGCGUGUAUGAUUGGGUGCUUCCAACAGUCCCUCAAGCCGCAGCAAAUGGGCGCACCAUUCCGCACAACCGGGGUAAAGUGCUUGGUGGAACUUCUGCCCUAAACCUUCUUGUUUGGAACCGUGCUACAGUAAAAGAAUUCGAUGCAUGGGAAGAACUUGGCAACCCUGGUUGGGGUUGGAAGAACAUGUAUCCUGCUAUGCUCAAGGCGGAGAAUUUUCAGCGUCAAGAUGGGAUUGCCCAGUAUGGUAACGACGGUGUUGGCUAUGGAGGCCCAGUUCAGGUUUCUCUAGUUGAGAAUCCUCCUGCGCAUGUGCAAGCUUGCAUUCCUACUUUAGGAAACCUUGGUCUGGAGAACAACCUUGAGUCUUUGAACGGACACAGCAUUGGCGCUGAGUACCAACCAGCUAUGCACCGUGUUUCAAAUCAUACCAGGUCAUACUCGGUAGACUACCUCCCAAGGGCCGGCGACAACCUAGUAAUAAUGUUCAAUAGCACUGUUCACAAGGUCAAUCUCGACUACGACUGGAGAGGCACCAAAGCAACCGGUGUCACUCUCGUCGGUGGUAAAGAGAUCAAGGCAAAGAAAGAAGUCAUUCUCUCAGGAGGAAGCUUGCUCUCUCCCAAGAUUCUCGAGCUCUCCGGUAUCGGCCAGAAAGCCGUUCUUUCCAAAGCUGGUAUUAGGCAAAUCGUCGACCUUCCAGGUGUUGGAGAGAACCUCCAAGAUCACCUCCGUAUCCAAACGUCCUACGAACUCAAACCGGAAAUUCCAGGGCUGGACGUCCUGAAAUACAACACGACCCGAGCAGCCAUCGAACUGGACCUGUGGAGGCGCAGUCAGACAUCACUCUACCAAUACAGCGGUAGCUGCUACGGUUUCUUGAAGUGGAAGCAAGCGAUUGGUAACGACGAAAAGCUGCUCAGACUUGCCCACCAGUCAGUUGACUGGUCGAACCCAGUUGACCGGAAGAAGCUGUCCUUACUCACGGACGCAUACUCUGGAGCGCCGGAUCUUGAGGUCGUUUUUGGUGACGGCUACAUCGGCACGAAAGGCUAUCCUGCUAAAGGCACGCCCGGUCAUGGCAAGAAUUACGCCACCCUUCUUGGAGGUGUCCAGCAUCCUUUCUCUCGCGGCUCUGUGCACAUAAACGGCCCCGAUCCCGCCACUAAACCUAUCAUCGACCCCAAGUAUCUAGGCACCGCCUUUGACCUGGAAGCCACCAUCCAAGCAGCCAAGUAUCUCCGCAAGAUGGCGACCACGGCGCCUUUCAAGGACCUUUGGGUGUCUGAAUUCGAUCCGGGCCUAAGCGUGGAGACGGACGCCGAGUGGGAGACAUAUGUGAGAAACAACGUAUUUACGUUCUUUCAUCCACUGGGCACCUGUGCUAUGCUGCCGAAGAAGAAUGGUGGCGUCGUUGAUCCCGAGCUAAGGGUGUAUGGCGUACAGAGCCUUCGCGUUGUCGACGCGAGUGUCAUUCCAAUGAUCGUUUCAGCGCAUAUUCAGACGGCCAUCUAUGGUAUCGCGGAAAGGGCUGCUACCAUCAUUACAGACCAGUAUCGUUGGUGAGUAAUCGUAGGAUGCUAAAGGUUCGCUAGCGCCUGUUUGAUUACCGUAGUAAUGAAUGCGUCAUGUCAUUGUCCCUCACUCCGCUCACUCUGUAAUUGCCGCCACUGGCUAACUUCGUUGAAACCCAACUAAUUAAUCUAUCUCAUUGCAGAUUUUUGCAUCGCUUUAGUCGCCU